GCCAGGAAGCUGGAGACCUUAAUUCUUUCUGAGCCCUGAGGGAGCCUGACCUCUGCAGGGCUGCUGUGUGCGUGUGGCAUCCGUAAAGCUCCUCCCGAAGAGGGGGUGUCACAGCCCCGGGCCGCGGUGAGGGGCCCGACCGCGUUCCUUCCCCUCAGGGAGAGCUGCGGAGGACACCUGCGAGGAAGAUAAUGUCCUGCCUCGGGCUGCGUUCGCUAAGGAGCCACCUUGUGCUGAAUUUUGAGGAAGGGAAGGCAGACAGAUGCUUGUGAGUGCCCCAUGGCUGCAGCUGUCUCAGUUCAUUCCUUUAUUGCCUGUUGUAAUUUGGAAGCAUCCUUUAGGUCAGUUCAUCUCCUGGGACCAGUCUCUGCCUUCUGGUUAAGGACUCUGUGUACACUGUCAGGAUGACUCAACACUUGGAUGGAUGUUUAGGUACCAGAAAGGUGCUGGUAACUUGACAGGAACUUCCACAUUCUUUGGAGAGACCUGCUGAACACGAGACCUUUCAGGAAACUCUGCGGCUUAAAAACAUCAGAUUGUUCCAGUACCUGAAACUUCCACGAUGAAGAGAGCUAAGCAGAAGGUUGUGGUUGAAAACAAAGCUCCUGAAACAUCACAGAAAAGCAAAAAACAGAAAACUUGUUCAUAUGAGUCAGUUUUUGGGAAAUCUGACUUGCACUCCUCAGUAGACUGGGGAAGCCUCCCACACCAUGUUAUUCUGCGGAUUUUUCAGUUUCUACCUUUAGUAGAUCGAGCCAGGGCAUCUUCUGUUUGCCAGAGGUGGAAUGAAGUUUUUCACAUCCCAGAUCUCUGGAGGAGAUUUGAAUUUGAACUUAACCAGCCAGCUACUUCUUACUUAAAGUCUACACAUCCUGAUCUCAUUCAGCAGAUUAUCAAGAAACAUGCUGACCAUCUGCAGUACGUCAGCUUCAAGGUUGAUAGUAGUACAGAGUCAGCAGAAACAGCCUGUAACAUCCUUUCUCAGUUGGUGAACUGUUCUAUGAGGACACUGGGUUUGAUUUCUACAGCAAAACCAAGCUUCAUGAAUGUCUCACAGGCCCACUUUGCUUCAGCACUAACAGUAGUUUUUGUAAACUCCAAGUCAUUGUCAUCAGUCAAGAUAGAUGACACACCACUUGAUGAUCCUUCCUUGAAAGUUCUUGUUGCUAACAACAGUGCUACUCUAAAACUGCUCAAAAUGAGCAGCUGUCCUCAUGUGUCACCAGCUGGAAUCCUUUGUGUUGCUGACCAGUGUCACGGACUUAAAGAGCUGGCUUUGAACUACUAUGUAUUAAGUGAUGAACUGCUGCUGGCUCUUUCGAGUGAAAAACAUGUAGUCCUUGAACACCUUCGUGUAGACAUUGUGAGUGAAAACCCCGGAGAAGUUGAAUUUCACACCAUUAAAAAGCAAAGCUGGGAUGCUUUUGUCAAACACUCCCCCAAGGUCAACAUUGUGAUGUAUUUCUUCUUGUACGAAGAAGAAUUCGAUGCUUUCAUCAGAGAGGAAACCCCUGUUACACACCUGUACUUUGGUCGUGCAGUAAGCAAGGCAAUGCUGGGCCGUAUUGGCUUGUAUUGCCCCAGGCUGAUCGAGCUGGUUGUGUGUGCUAAUGGACUUCAGCCUUUGGAUGAGGAGCUCAUUCAGAUCGCAAAGCGCUGUAAGAACCUCACAGCCAUGGGGCUUGGUGAAUGUGAAGUAACUUGCAGAGGUUUUAUUGAAUUUGUAAAGAUGUGUGGGGGCAGGCUUACCCAGCUUUCUAUAAUGGAGGAGGUCCUGAUCCCAGAUAAUGAUUACAGCUUAGAUCAACUUCAUUUGGAAGUCUCCAAACACCUUGGAAGGAUGUGGUUUCCUGAUAUGAUGCCAACAUGGUAAAAUCUGUGGGUAAACUGUUUAGAAUCAGGGGGUUGUUGUCUAUGCAAAUAGAAAACUUUCAAAAUGAAACAUGAAAACAUUUCCAGAAUAGUUUUUCUACCUUGAGAGCCUCUAGUGGUGUAACAGCAAAACAUUUUAGAAUGUUUAUGGUGUAUUAAAAUAGAGAAUAGAUUACUUAACCCUUCUACAAGUAUGUCUUUGGUUUACAGGUGCUUCAGUCGUAAAUGAACUUGGGCUUCUCUAAGCUGUAGUUUAACUCUUCAUACACAAAGUUUAUUUUUUUUAAUUGUCUUUGUUUAGACUUUCCAAUGUAUUCAGAAGAGAAUUAGAGAAAGUUUUUUCCUUUGGUAAAUCUGAUUUCAUGAGAAACUGGAUACAAUUUGGAGUUCAGGAAAGCUAUUACUUGUCACUGUUUUAUGCAGUUAUUUUUGAAAGUAUUCCUGUUUGAGUGUACAAGCUUUUACACUUAAAACACUUGGACUAGACCAGAUUAUUCAUGCCAGUGUAUUAAAAUGUUGAGGUAAAUAAGCUGUGCUUACAAAAGGUAUGAGUUUUAAAUUGCACUUCAAAUAAUUUUGUCAGAUUAGCUAAAAUCUAGGACUGCAUUGCACUGUAUGUUGGUUUUCUGCCCUGUUCAUUAAAUGGAUGGGAGAAAGACCUUGUUAAAAUAAUCUAGAUGAAAAGUACUCCACUUAAUUGCUUGGGUGAAUGACAAAGCACUUUGGAAGCUUCAAGAAUAUAAGGAAUUGCUUCUGGACUUGAGAGAGUGAAGUUUUACAUUACAGAGAUUGAUCUCUGAAUGCUGUUCCAGGUUUCAUUAUUAAGAGGUAAGAAGGAGAUCACAAGUGUUGCUAGUGAGAAGGAAGGAUCAAAUGGAAUACAGCUGUCCUCAGUCACUUUCCAUCUGGAAUCAAGUUAUUGGAGCACUUAAAAAAACCUGAACAAAAUAACUUUCCAGUUAGAGGCCAAAAUGGGCUGUGGUAACCUUGCCUGUACCUCAGAGUAGUGCUGUAAGCCCUGAUUUCUAGAAUAAGGAUUGCUGGAGGUGAUGCUGAAAUUUUUAAUUCAGGACUGUUUAAUAUUUGUUACUAUUGGUUUUUGAAGAAUUUUUUUUUACUACUUUGUUUUCUUUAAAGGGAAAAAACAAUGAGUUGAUGUAAAUUAAAAUACGUAUUUUUGUGUCGAUGUUUUGCACGCUGUAAACUGAAAUGCAUUGCAUACAGAUUUUGCUGGAAUUAUUUUCAUGGUGUAGUUGUUCUCUUUUUCCUACUUAGAAGUCUAGAUUUAAUUUGCUGGUAGUACUUGUCACAUCAAAUAAGCUGUCAGUUCCUUCCAUGCUUACUUUACUGCAAGAAUAACAGCUAAAUAGUGAAACCAUCAUUAUCUUGGGCAGGCUUGUGUCCAGUUGCAAGCUAAAGAGUUUUAGAUGAACUGAUAAUGCAUGUCUGAGUCAGUGGUGCAUGAUUGCCUGCUGCACAGUUAUAAAGUACCUGUUUGUUUAUUAACACCUGUUACCCAAGCACUUGCUUCCUUCAUCAGGGAAAUUGUAAUUGUCUUUUAAACAAAAGACAAGGGUUACUUCUAAGCAGUAUUUGGUUCAAGAAGUGUGGUUUGCUUUAAAUGUAAACAGAAUAAAGUGAUCUAGUAUGUA